AUGCAGAUCAAGGGACUACUUCUCAGCAUUUUCAUCGUGUUGAUUUUUGCAAUUACAGUUGCAGUUCCAGUAGCAGCAUCAUUGGUUACAUUUGUUUUUGGCGAUUCCUUGGCAGAAGUUGGGAAUAACAACCACUUGGCCCUCUCUCUAGCCAAAGCAAACUAUCCAUACUACGGUAUUGACUAUAAUGGUGGAAACGUCACAGGAAGAUUCACAAAUGGGAGGACUAUUGGAGAUAUAAUUGCUACAAAGCUGGGCAUUCCACCAACUCCUCCUUACCUUUCUUUAUCGCCAACAGAUGAUGCACUCCUCAAGGGUGUAAACUAUGCCUCUGGUGGAGCUGGGAUCCUCAAUGAAACAGGCCUUUACUUUAUUGAGAGGUUAUCAUUUGAUGAUCAAAUCAAUCUGUUCAAGAAGACAAAGGAAGCAAUCAAGAACAAAAUUGGAGAAGAGUCUGCAAACAAGCUUUGCAAUGAAGCCUUCUAUUUUAUUGGGCUCGGUAGCAAUGACUACGUGAACAAUUACCUUCAGCCUUUCUUAGCAGAUAGUCAGCAGUACACACAUGAUGACUUUGUGGAACUUCUAACCUCAACUUUGGCCGAACAAUUAACUACUCUGUACCAACUUGGAGCAAGAAAAAUAGUCUUUCAUGGCCUUGGUCCCCUAGGCUGCAUCCCGUCCCAGAGGGCAAAAUCAAAGAGGGGCAUGUGCUUAAACCAAGUGAACCAAUGGGUACAAGAAUUCAAUUCCAAAGUUUUAAGGACUCCACAACAUCAUGCUGCAACGUGA